CAAUUUUGUAUUUUUUUUUUCUUUUGGAUUUUUACAAGAUGGGCAGGCGGGCUAUAAAAUGUGAUGAUGCUGUGGUCUCUCCUUCCAGCAUCAUAAUAUCUCAAACCAUUUAACAAUGCUCAAGUCUUUUGCCUCGGUCCUUCUUCUUUUGGCGCCGCUCGCGUCUGCCCAAACCUUCAUUGAUGCACCUCUCGUGUAUCCAACAACUCCAAUUGGUGAAACCAUCUGGACGCCUGGCUCACAAGUCAAAGUUCAAUGGACUAUCCUUCCCAAUCACCCUCAGGAGGUGACGGCCUUGACCAUUGAACUCGGCAUCGGUCAAAACACAACCGUCACUGGAUCGGGCCGCUUCGUCGCUCCUUUGCCCGGUGUUGCGUAUCCUGGGACCCUUGAGAUUGAUUACACUGUGCCCGCAGACCUACCGCCAAGGCAAUACGCCUUGAUCUUUGUCGGACGAGGUCAGGGAGGCGCAUUGUACGGACCCAAUUGGACAACUUGGUUCACAGUAGGAGCUGGCAAUGCCACCGCAUCAACGACUGCUGCGCCUUUGUCAACCACAGCCGCGCCAACAUCUACUGCGCCAGUACCUGCCAGUGCUGCAACCAAAAGUACUCCUACCUCAACCACAGCUGUGAUAACCCCUACUGGGCGUCCACUGUCGGGAACCUCCAGUGGUGCAAGCGCUCUGUAUACCGGACUCUGUGGUUUGGUCGGAGUAGCUGGUUUGACGUUGAGUUUGCUGACUGUUUAGAUGAGAUAGACAAGUUUUUGUAGUAUAGUGUACACUGUAUGAUAUAAUAGAUGUUCGAUAUUAGAUUAUUCAAA